AUGAACGUUUAUGAAAACGUUUUCCGUUUCGGUUUCAUUUCGUCUAUUCAAUCGUUUCUUUCCUUAACAUCUCGCUUUUAUUAUAUCGUUUAUUUGAUUCGGUUUUCCGGCUUCUACAUAGUGUACCUGAGAGAGACGCAAGGGCUCGACGUGGUUAAAGCGGUUCUCGAUACACUCAGGGAAACUGGUUACAGCAAUGGAACAACCACAACGAAGGUCAUGAUUCAGUCAAGGCAUAGCUCGGUUCUUGUUGACUUGAAGAUGAAGAGCAAUUACGACACUGUCUACAAAAUUGAAGAAGAAAUUCGUGAUAUAAGUGACUCAGCUAUUGAAGAUAUAAAGAAAUUUGCCAACGCUGUUGUCAUCACAAAAACAUCAGUCUUUCCAUACCCUGAUUAUUUUGUCACUGGGCAAACCAAUGUUGUGGAAAGGCUGCAGAAGUCUAACCUCCCGGUUUAUGUGGAACUGUUUCAGAAUGAGUUUGUAUCUCAACCAUAUGACUUCUUAGCUGAUGCAACUGUUGAGAUUAACAAUUAUAUCACUGGAGCAGGUACCAAUGGAACCAUAACAGAGUUCCCUUUCACAGCUGCAAGAUACAGAAGGAACCAAUGUUUGGGCAGAAAAGAAACUCCAUCUUACAUGUCCCCUAUUCAACCUGGUAACCUCUUAAGCCUUUUGAAUCCUAAGUCCUUACCUCCAGCAGAAGCUCCGAACCCGGUUUUCACAGCAGAUAAUAUCACGGAGUCUCCACAACCUCCCGCAACAGAAAAAUCCCCAACCUCAUCAACCACUGCACAAGCACAUAGGCCUAGCGGACAAACUCGACUCACUCUAUCUCUUCGCCUCUCUGUUUUUGCCUCCCUUCUGCUUCUGUGA